AUGCGGGUUGCGCAUGCCUCCGCCCCCAGGCUUUGUGAGCAACUCCGCAGCUCCACACCAGAGGCAACCGAGGCCGACCUCAUGGACAGCACUCCUGUGGUGCACGCUGGCUGGCUGAGGAAGUCACCCCCAGAGAAGAAGUUGCGACUCUGUGCCUGGAGAAAACGCUGGUUCAUCCUACAGAGCAGCCAGUGCAGUGGUGACCCAGGUGUCCUGGAAUAUUGCAAGCACGACCAGUCCAAAAAGCUCUUGCGGAUCAUCAGCCUGGAUCUCUGUGAGCAGAUGCAAGCAAACGUGACCUUUCACAAGAAGGGGCUGCCAUGUGACUUCGUGUUCAACAUCAAGACCAACAAGCGCACUUUUUACCUGGUGGCGGAGAGAAAGGAGGACAUGUAUAAGUGGGUGCAGAGCAUCUGCCAGAUCUGCGGCUUCAAGCAGGAGGUGGAGAGCACAGGCUCCCUGAGAACUAUUUCCACAGCCCAUCAGGAGCCCUGCUCCUCCCUUGCUGAACUGACACUCUCAUGGCAGCAGCACCUCCAAGAACAAAGAUGCUCUACCCUGCCACACCACAGUCAGCCUACACUGCUGACAGGCUACCCCCUUGAGUGGGAAGAAGCACAGCCCACCUGGUCCUCCAGAGCACCACAGCAGCACCUCCAUCCGUACCUUCACUUGGACCAGAGCAUGAGCCAUGGAGCAGAGAGUGCAAGGAGUGACAAUGUCUCCCAAGGCUCUAGGAACUCAUUCCUUGUGAAGAGUGACAUUGCCACCCAGAAUGUUGCCCAGGGUGGUGGACCCUGUGUCCCUGGGAUCCAUGGUCAAGCCCAAGGCCUCUCUUCCUUCCCUGAGGCCUGCAAGAACUACCUGUGGGGCACAAAGAGUGCAGAACUUGCUGCUGACUCCAGGGCCCAUGGAGACAACUUUCACCAGGCAGAAGAAAGAGAUACUAGCCAUGUGAAUGAAGCUGGCUUUGGAGAUGACUAUGUGCCCAUGAGCACACUUCCCUCCAUCCUGCUGGGCAUGGAGAGAGUAGGUGGGAAUUCCCAGAAUAGCCAUAACCCCAAGUGA